AUGAAUGACAUCUAUGAGAAUGACAAUGACAUUUCAUUCUCAGUCAAGUUUGUCGGUCGCAUAGAAGUUGUUCGACCUGUGGGAUUACAGCUUCUAAGUGAGGCACUCGACAGUUUGAAGAACUCAGAUCACUCUACAAGCUCAGAGGGAAAGGGGAAGAAAAGCAAAGUUUCACUGUUUUUGUCCGUGAAUGGAAUCGAUAUCCUGGAACACGAAACAAAGUUUAUGCUGUACACCUGUCCUCUGUUCUUAGUCUCAUACUGUGCCGUUCACCCGACUCUGCCCGACCACUUUGGCUUUGUGGCCCAGCACCCUGCCUCUGACACCUACUACUGCUACCUGUUUCGGAGCAAGAAGUUUUCUCACCUGCUGGUGUCACUGAUUGGCGAUGCCUUUCAAGCUUCUAAGAGGGAUGAGAACAUCGGUCGCAACAGGGACCUGGUGGUGGAAGCUCUCCGACACAGGAAUAAGAUGCUGCUUAAGGAGAAUGCAGAGCUCAAGAGGAGAAUCGCUGCACUCACCCAGGAGGAGGAUUUGAAUGAGAACUCUUUUGGGGAUGGAGAUGAGGAUGUCAUCAGAGACAAAGUAUUUUCAGAAGCUGAAUCUAAAACAUCUGUCCGCUGCCUCCCCCAGCAGCUUCCCCCUGUGCGGAGAACACACACCGGGCCGCUAUGCAGCCUGAGCCGCCGCCUCCGCUGCUCGCCGCAGCUGCCGGACCUGAGGAGCUCCCUCCGCUGCAGCCGCCAGAGCAGCCGCCAGAGCAGCCGCCAGAGCAGCCGCCUGAGGCUCCCGAUCCCCGAGGAGGUCCUGGACAAUCUAACCACCGCUCCUCCCUCCUUGGAGGUAGAGGAGCUUGAGUGGGACCCCUUGGGAACCUCCCUUGUGACUCCUCUGCCCUCGCCCCGGCGAGCUCGACCCCGACCAAGGGUCCAUAUGUCUGUCCCACAAGGGGAGAGGACACAGACGUAG